AUGCAUGACAUUUAUGAAGGUAUUUGCCAUUACAAUAUGUGUCAUUUAAUAAUUUAUUACACAGAAAAAAUACAAAUUUUUUCUUUAGAAACCCUUAAUUUAAGAAAACAAAAUUUUGACUAUGGUGAACUUGAGCAAAAAAAUGUAUCACCACCUAUUGAAAGACAUCAUCUUCACAAAUUUCAUUUAAAAAUGUCAGCAAGACAAAUGAUGUGCUUUGUUCAUUUUUUUUCUUUGAUCAUUGGUGAUUUAAUUCCAGUGGAUGAUGAGAUUUGGCAAUUUUUUUUAAUUUUUAUUGAAAUUAUAGAUAGUUUAUUAAGCUAUACGUUUACACGAGAUAUGGUAAAGCAUUUAAAAAUUCUUAUUGAAAAACAUAAUUCAGAUUAUGUUAAAUAUUUUCAAGAUAACUUAAAACCUAAGCAUCAUUUAUUGAUACAUUAUCCUACAAUUAUUCUUAAAUCUGGCCCUCCAAGACACUUUUGGUGCUUUCGUUAUGAAGCGAAACAUAAGGAGUUGAAAAUGUAUGCUAGGGCAAUAACAUCUCGAAGAAAUAUUUGUUUAACAUUGGCAAAUAAACAUCAAUUUAAAUUUGCAUAUUUCAUAUUAAACCAAAAAAAAAAUAGUUUGCUAGUAGAAGCCUUGGAAAAACAUAAAAUUGAUUCAAAGCAUGUGGCAAUUAUUUUUGACUUUAUAAAAGUAUCAACUAAUAACUAUAUCAGUUAUUCCAAGAUUGAAUUUCGAGGUACAAUCUACAAAAUUGGCAAUUAUGUCACUUGUUUUAAUAGUGAAAUUUGUUUGUAUGAAAUACUUGAGAUAAUUUUAUUAAAAAAUAAUACAGUAUAUUUUGUUGUUCAGCAAAUUCUAUUAGAAUUAUUUGACACUCAUUUUAGAGCAUACAAAGUUGAUAUAAACAAGAGUGUUGUUUCCAAAAGCGUUAUGAAUGUUGAUCAGUUUAAUUCUCCCCCUUUAAAUAUCAAUAAAGUUAAUGGUGGUAAUCUUAUGAUUAGAUUGAAAGAAUAUUUCUAG